GAGUGGGCGGGGUUUACGAGAGGAAGGGGGCGCGCGCUGCGGUUUCCACGGCAACGCCUGCCCGGGGAUUCCAACUCGCAGGCUGACAGUCGCGCGCUUGCGAGUGUGCGCCUGCGUCCCCCGUUGGAAGGAAGAGGCGAUAUAAAUACAAGGGUGAAUUCUGAUUCAGAAGGCAUCGAAGGAACCACCUAGCUAUAUCCUUGAAAGUGGCCUGUUGGCCUUUUGCCACAAGAACAUUUCUCAGUUUCCUUCCACCUGAACUAAUGACCAGGGAUUCCACCACAGCCCCGAUUAUUCUUUUCCAUUUUCAGAAGAUGGGCUCAUUCCGGAGGCCUCGGCCACGUUUCAUGAGCUCCCCGGUGCUGAGUGAUUUACCACGAUUCCUGGCAGCUCGGCAGUCUCUGCAGUUCAGCUCUAACUCUGCAUGGAAUAGUGUUCAAACAGCAGUGAUCAAUGUGUUCAAAGGGGGAGGCCUACAAAACAAUGAACUCUACACUCUCAAUGAAAAUGUCAGGCGGCUGUUGAAGAGUGAACUUGGACCUUUCAUCACAGACUAUUUCCAGAACCAACUCCUUGCGAAGGGCUUGCUGUUCAUAGAGGAAAAGGUUAAGCUUUCUGAAGGAGAGAAUCGCAUCUAUGUACUAUCUGAAAUCUGGGAUCACUUCUUCACAGAGACUCUUCCAACACUUCAGGCAAUAUUUUAUCCUGUUCAGGGCCAAGAAUUGACUGUUCGCCAAAUUGCCUUGCUCGGCUUCCGAGACUUGGUCUUAUUAAAAGUCAAGAUGGAUGAAUUUCUUCCUCAGGUCCAAAACAAUCUUCCCCCUUCUAUUGUCCAAAUGCUUCUGAUUUUGCAGGGAGUCCAUGAACCAACAGGUCCCAGUAAGGCCUAUAUGCAGUUGGAGGAGCUUGUUAAAUUGGUUGUGUCUCCAUACCUUGGUUUGUGUGAAGAACACUGCUUUCCUGACAGUACCUGUGCCCUGGAGAGAAGGUAUUAUAGACCUUGUCCCAAGCCCAGUGGAUUGAGCUUGUCAUCUCACACAAUGGCAACCCGACAGGUCAGCGAGACAGCCUUGACACCCCUGACAGAACAAGAGGGCGAGGCUUACCUUGAGAAAUGUGGGAGCAUCCGUCGCCACACUGUUGCCAAUGCUCACUCGGAUAUCCAACUGUUGGCCAUGGCUUCUAUUAUGCAUUCAGGGAUGGUGGUGGAAGAGCCAGACAAUGGUGACAAGCGUCUUCUUUUGCAGCCCAGCUUAAAUCACAGGCAAUGCUCUAGUGAACCCAGUAUAGCAGAUGGGCCAGAAGGACUUGGGACACCACCCAUGCAGGAAUCUACAGAAGUGAACUGUACACCUGUCUGCUGAAAUGCUACAUACAGCAGAGAGACUUGUGGGCACUAAGCAAGUCAGUGAUUACUGCCAACAUUGGGCAAUUCAGACUUUAGGAAUGGAAUUAGCAUACAAUGUCCAGGGUGGGCAUAGUUUUAUAAAUUGUCUACUCAGAUUGAAGUUUUAUGUUGCUUUUUUUUUUUUAACCAGAAAAGGUACAAUGUUCAGUUUGAGCAUUCCAUCCUCAUCUUUGUUUCCUUUUUGCUGGAUCUUUUUAGGAGUUCAUGAAGUCUACAAGAACUUUGUUCAGGUCUGUCACUUUGUAAGAUGGUGAUGAUCUUUUUACAUGAAGGACUGAGCAAAUAUAGGCACAGGAGAAGUGAAAAUAUGUGGCCCAUCUCCAGAACUGAAGCUUCUCGAGCUAUUAAGUGAAGUUCAUUUCAUUUAUUCACUGCAACUAGGAGUGAAAGGUUCAUAUCCUAUUUCUGUAACUUCAUUUUAGGUUGUUUUAGUUUCAGGAUGCACCUUCUCAGGGAUCACUUAUUUAUAUUCCAAAGAAUUAUCUGAGCAUUUUAGAUUACACAAGACUCAAUUAGAAAAACAAUUGCACACAUCUUUAGGAUUUAGUACCUUGGCUCCUUACCAGAGAUAGCAAAAGAACAAACAUCUGUGGUGUUAAAUACCAAACAUUGGGUUGUGUUUUGAAGACAUUUCUACAAGUGAAUAGCUGAAGUAUAAAAGUGUCCACCUUGGAAAUAAAAUUGUACUCUGGAAGCAGCUUAAAUGAUAAUUCAAGUGAAAGAAAGUUGGUUUUCUUUCUACAAAAAUGUAUUGGUAUUGUUUAUAGAGAUCCGUAGACAGGUGAAGAGGUAGUUCAGUACCCCCUAUGCAGAGGUAGUUCCCCUAUGCAGCUCUUCCAUGUCUAGCAUUGAAAGUCUGGGGCUUAUAAUUUUUUUUGGUUUCUGCCACACAAUUCUAGCACCACAAUAAAUGUGAUAACAUUCUCAGAACUAAGAGGUGCUGACGUUUGGAUUUCAAGUUUCCCAUUUCUAUGAACAUUUGUUUUGGGUCACACCAGAACUCUGCUUCCCAAGUACUUUUGGGUAUUUGGACAUGGAGGCUGGCCUUCCCAAAAAUAUGGAUGGGGUGCAGUUCCUGUUGGUUUACAGGAAUACAGAUUUUUUUUAAAAAUAUUUUUUUUGUAAUAUUUGUUUUGUAACAUGGUUCUGGUAAAUUCUUUUACCAUUUAUUGGUAGCAAACGUUGAUCUAAGGAAUUGGGGUCAGACUUGAAAGAUAUUAAGAAAGAAGGUACAAAGAUAAAAAUCUGCUGUUGUGCAUAUAUGCACAUUUCUGCCUUGAUGAAUCUUGAAUUGUCAAAUGACUUCUACCAAAAGAUCUGCAGAAUAAAGUUGAUAUAGAGAGAUGUA